AUGCCAACUAAUAAAUUUUCUGGUUUAAGAGAUAAUUAUUCUCUAUUGGGUGAAAAAAACAAGAUAUUAGUAGCAAACAGAGGUGAAAUUCCAAUUAGAAUCUUUAGAACUGCUCAUGAACUAUCAUUGAGAACUAUAGCCAUUUAUUCUCAUGAAGAUAAAUUAUCUUUACAUAGAUCUAAAGCAGACGAAUCUUAUGUGAUCGGUAAAGAAGGUGAAUUCACUCCGGUUGGUGCUUAUUUAGCUAUAGAUGAAAUUAUCAAUAUUGCAAAAAGACAUGGUGUUGAUUUUAUUCAUCCAGGUUAUGGGUUUUUAUCAGAAAAUUCUGAGUUCGCUGACAAAGUUAUCAAGGCAGGUAUCACAUGGAUCGGUCCUCCGCCGGAAGUCAUUGAAUCUGUUGGUGACAAAGUUUCUGCAAGAAAUUUAGCGGCUAAGGCCGAUGUUCCAACUGUUCCAGGUACUCCGGGUCCAAUCGAAACAGUAGAGCAAGCUGAAGCCUUUGUAAAAGAAUAUGGUUAUCCUGUUAUCGUUAAAGCCGCCUAUGGUGGUGGUGGUAGAGGUAUGAGAGUCGUUAGAGAAGGUGAAGAUAUCGCAGAUGCUUUCCAAAGAGCUAGAUCCGAGGCUGUAACUGCUUUCGGUAAUGGUACUUGUUUUAUCGAAAGAUUCUUAAACAAGCCAAAACAUAUCGAAGUCCAAUUAUUGGCUGAUAAGUAUGGUAACGUUGUUCAUCUUUUUGAAAGAGAUUGUUCCGUUCAAAGAAGACAUCAAAAAGUCGUCGAAGUGGCUCCAGCUUUAACAUUACCUAUCGAAGUUAGAAAUGCUAUUUUGACUGAUGCAGUUAAACUAGCAAAAGUAGCAGGAUAUCAAAAUGCAGGUACCGCUGAAUUUUUAGUCGAUGAUCAAAAUAGACACUAUUUUAUCGAAAUUAAUCCAAGAAUUCAAGUCGAGCAUACAAUCACUGAAGAAAUUACAGGCAUUGAUAUCGUCUCAGCUCAAAUUCAAAUUGCUGCAGGUGCCUCUUUAGAAGAUUUGGGUUUAUUACAAGAUAGAAUUACCACCAAAGGUUUUGCCAUUCAAUGUCGUAUCACUACAGAAGAUCCGUACAAGAAUUUCCAGCCUGAUACAGGUAAAUUAGAAGUUUACAGAUCUGCUGGUGGUAACGGUGUUAGAUUAGAUGGUGGUAACGUUUACGUUGGUGCCAUUAUCUCUCCUCAUUAUGAUUCCAUGUUAGUUAAAUGCACAUGUUCAGGUUCAACAUAUGAAAUUGUUAGACGUAAAAUGUUACGUGCAUUAAUUGAAUUUAGAAUUAGAGGUGUUAAGACAAAUAUUCCAUUUUUGAUUACCCUUUUAACUAAUCCUGUGUUCAUUGAUGGUAGUUAUUGGACUACUUUCAUCGAUGACACCCCAGAAUUAUUUACUGUUAUCAAAUCACGUAAUAGAGGUCAAAAAAUUUUGAAUUAUUUAGCUGACAUUGCCGUCAAUGGUCCACAAGUUAAAGGUCAAAGUAGUCUACCAAAAUUAACCAGUAACCCUAUCGUUCCUGUUCUCCAUGAUGAAAAUAAAAACGUUAUUGAUGUAAACAAUACUCCACCAGCAGGUUGGAGACAAGUAUUACUUGAACAAGGUCCAGAAGGAUUUGCUAAAGAAGUUAGGAAAUUUGACGGUACUUUAAUUAUGGAUACAACAUGGAGAGAUGCUCACCAAUCUUUAUUAGCUACAAGAAUCAGAACUUACGAUCUAGCUACUAUUGCGCCAACUACUGCGCACGCAUUAUCUAAUGCUUUUGCAUUAGAAUGUUGGGGUGGUGCAACAUUUGAUGUUGCUAUGAGAUUCUUAAAUGAAGAUCCAUGGGAAAGAUUAAGAACAUUAAGAAAAUUAGUUCCUAAUAUUCCAUUCCAAAUGUUGUUACGUGGUGCCAAUGGUGUUGCUUAUUCUUCUUUACCAGAUAACGCUAUUGAUCAUUUUGUCGCACAAGCUAAAGAGAACGGUGUCGAUAUUUUUAGAGUUUUCGAUGCAUUAAAUGAUCUUGAACAAUUAAAAGUAGGUGUCGAUGCUGUUAAAAAAGCCGGCGGUGUUGUUGAAGCAACAGUUUGUUACUCUGGUGAUAUGUUACAACCAGGUAAGAAAUACAACUUGGAUUAUUACUUAGAAAUCACCGACAAGAUUGUCAAAAUGGGUACCCACAUAUUGGGUAUUAAGGAUAUGGCUGGUACAUUAAAGCCAGGUGCUGCUAAAUUAUUAGUUGGUUCCAUUAGAGCAAAAUACCCUGAUCUACCAAUCCAUGUUCACUCUCAUGACUCAGCUGGUACUGCGGUUACAUCCAUGGUUGCAUGUGCCUUAGCUGGUGCUGAUGUCGUGGAUGUUGCUACGAACUCCAUGUCUGGUUUAACAUCCCAAGGUUCUGUAAAUGCAUUUUUAGCAUCUGUUGAUGGAACCAUUAACACUGGUGUUGAUGCCAAGAAGGUUACUGAAUUAGAUGCUUAUUGGGCUGAGGUCAGAUUAUUGUAUUCUGGUUUUGAUGCCGAUUUGAAGGGUCCUGAUCCUGAAGUUUAUGAUCACGAAAUUCCAGGUGGUCAAUUAACUAAUUUAUUAUUUCAAGCUCAACAGUUAGGUUUAGGUGAACAAUGGAAUGAAACUAAGAGAGCAUACAAAGAAGCUAAUGAAUUAUUAGGCGAUAUUGUCAAGGUCACUCCGACUUCCAAGGUCGUUGGUGACUUAGCACAAUUCAUGGUUACUAACAAAUUAACUUCUGACGAUGUUAAGAGAUUAGCCAAUUCUUUAGACUUCCCAGAUUCAGUUAUGGAUUUCUUUGAAGGUUUGAUGGGCCAACCAUAUGGUGGUUUCCCUGAACCUUUGAGAACCGAUAUUCUAAAGGGUAAGAGAAAGAAGUUAACUACCAGACCUGGUUUAGAGUUGGCUCCAUUCGAUUUACCAAAAAUUAAGGAAGAAUUAGAAGCCAGAUUUGAUGAUAUCGAUGAAUGUGACGUCGCUUCAUACAAUAUGUAUCCAAAGGUUUACGAAGACUUUAGAAAAGUGUACGAAGAGUUUGGUGAUUUAUCUGUUAUUCCAACAAAGAAUUUCUUAGCUCCGCCUGCUAUCGGUGAGGAAAUUGAAAUCCACAUCGAAAAAGGUAAAAGUUUAAUUGUUAAGUUCCAAGCUAUCGGUACCUUAAACAAAGAAAAUGGUACAAGAGAAGUCUACUUUGAAAUGAAUGGUGAAUCAAGAAAGAUCGUGGUCAACGACAGAGCACAAAAGGUUGAAACUAUCGCUAAACCUAAGGUCGAUGCCCAUGAUCCAUUCCAAGUUGGUGCUCCAAUGGCCGGUGUCAUUGUCGAAGUUAAAGUUCACAAGGGUUCCUUAAUAAAGAAGGGUCAACCAGUAGCCAUUUUAAGUGCUAUGAAGAUGGAAAUGGUUAUUUCUGCUACCGCUGAUGGUAUUGUCCAGCAAGUGUUGGUCAAUGACGGUGAAGCUGUUGAUGCUUCUGACUUAUUGGUGGUACUUGAAGACGAUACUCUUAUAACAGGAGAUAAACAAUAG